CCGUCUGCUUCUCCAAUUAAUCCAAGUUAAUGUAACCUACAAAUCUCCAAUCUCUUGUCUUUAUCUACAAUUAUAUAAGCUACAAGUAUAUCAUUAUCUGUGUCUUCUCUUCUACCUGGUUUAGUUCGAAACUCCGAUACAGGAUCUAGAGAAAUGGCGCAGUCCCUGAAAGACCUUAAAAAAAACAAUCAUAAGGUUAGAGCUGGGAUAAAGUUAAAAACAAAAAAAAACACAAGGGUAAAAAGAUAAUGAAGAAUCGAAGCGUUAAGUCUCGUGGCGGAAGGCGUGCCAGUACCCGCCCCCGGUGGAGGGUCGCGAGGUCGCUCCCACCAACCCCAAGACUACAGCACGCGACGGACACUUGUCAUCAACUUCGCGGCCAAGUAGGACAGUAUUUUUCUUUUAGUUCUACCGAGUCUGGAUGCAGAUCUGGAUCUCCCACUCCAGACCUACCACCGAACAGACACGCGAGCUUACCUGCCGGCAAUCAGCCUCGUGCUCGGACCAGCCAAUUCACUGGCAACCUCUGCCGAACAAGGUACCCCAAGUGCCUCUCGAACAUCUCUUUUGACAAUCAUUUUUUAGUGACCUAGUGAUCUGUGAGUUUUUUUACUGAUUUCGGUAUUCGUGACGGGUUAUUAUCUGGACAAUGGAUAUUUCUUUUUAGUUCUAUUUGUUUCUGCUGUUGUUCAGGAAGCUUCCAGGAGGACAAUAUGCCCCAUACCGGUCAAGCAGGAGUCAACCAGCUGGGAGGUGUCUUUGUAAACGGACGUCCGCUUCCAGACUGCGUUCGACAAAGGAUUGUCCAAUUGGCACUGGUUGGCGUCCGUCCUUGCGAUAUCUCCAGACAAUUGCUCGUUUCCCAUGGCUGCGUUUCCAAGAUAUUAACCAGAUUCUACGAAACGGGGAGCAUCAGGCCUGGCAGCAUAGGUGGCAGCAAGACUAAGCAAGUCGCAACUCCGACAGUCGUAAAGAAGAUCCUCAGGAUGAAACAAGAGCAGCCAACCAUGUUCGCUUGGGAAAUUCGUGAGCAAUUGGCAAGACAAGGAGCUUGCGAUCCCCAAAGUUUGCCCUCAGUUUCUUCCGUCAAUAGGAUCCUGAGAGGCGGAGGAUUGCACACGGAUCAUCCGAUUGACGCUGGAGCCUCCGGAAGUUAUCCAGGACAUGUGUCAGGAAACGAAUCCAGAGAAUCCCUCAUGAGAACGGAUUAUCAGCUGUUCUAUCCCGGCUCACUGGGACCGCUCCACAUAUCCACCAACGGAUCAACUGGAGCCUCCGGAGCAUCCACCUGGAAUCCUGGAUUUUACUCCUCGCUUUAUCAAGCGACGACAUUGCACUUGCAUCAUGGGAUGCAGUCCUUUACAUCCUUAGAAACCGAGCGACUUUCCGAGCAGCAGAACUCUCAGAACCAAGAACUAAAGUCCAGCAGCUCCAGUUCCAUGGCGGGAAGUGACGAUUCUCUGGAUAAAAGCGACCUGGACGAAGCUAACGAGUCCCAGGACUUCAAACCCUUCCAGAACUCCCCCACAAUCCUAGAACUCGGGCAGAAAAUCGGCAGCGACCGGAGCGCCUUUGUUCGACACGGAACUCCCGGUUUCGUUUCUAAAGAAGGUUCCGAGAACCCGCAACCAGCGCCACCACAGAGAAAGCGGAACCCUUAUUCAAUAGAAGAAUUAUUGAAGAAGGACGAAAAUGUCGUUAAUAAUAAGCGACGCGUUAUUGAUACUGGGGUUGUCCAACCUUGUGGAAUCGUCGUUGAUGAAGUUUAAUUAUAUUUAAUUAGUAAUUAAUUAUAUUUAUCUAGAAGUUGUAAAUUAUUAUAAUUAUUAUUAGAUAU